GGUCCGCGCAGUCGCUCCGUGUGACCGUGGACGAUCGGGAAGGGGGUUCGCUGGCACCUGCGUGGCCCGCAUUUUUUUAUUUGCUCGCUCGCUCGCCAUCCAUCCAGUCCACCUUAAUCCGUCCACCGAUUCGUGAAUCUGUACAAUUAUUCCGACGUCAAUUCGUUCCCAUCGGUCACCCUCCAUCCAUCGAUCCGUGCAUUCGCUCCGCACGUUCGAUCAUCGUUCUAGCCGUCCAUCCGUCGAUCCCCUCCUCUCCUUCAAUCCAUACACCCAUUCCUCCUCCAUCCGUCCCCUCGUCCGUGGCAUUCAAUCAUCCACUCAUCCGUCCACUCUUCCGCCUUCUGCCGAGCGAGGUGUCGCGUCGCGCCGCAGUGCCUGCAGGCAGGCAUCGCGCGGGCAUCUCUCCGCUCGUGCGAGAGAGUCUCCCGGGUGCUUGCGUUCCCUCGUCUCUCUGCGCUAGGGGCAAGCCGCGGCGAGCUUCGCCAACCGCCGGGGCGUCGUGCGAGGAGUUUGCGUUGCCGUCGCGGGGCGGUGAAGCGUCUACGAGACGAUAGCGAUACACGGCGCCACAUGGGGCGCGUUCCGGUGUCCGCUCUCGGCGCGCGCGCGCGCACCCCGCGAGUGACACCCGCGCGCGUCGGCUCGGCGCUUUAAAGUGCACGCGUUUCUCUCCGCGUCUGAAGAGGCGGUUUCUUUCAUUAUUAAUCAUCUUGCCGAUGUCCAAACAGCCGCAAUAGUUCACGCUCGCCCUCGAUUACGUUUAACGCGGGAGCUCUGCCGGGUUCCACCGCCACCGAGAGAGGACCGCGGAGACAGCAGCGAGACACGGAGACAGGGUAGAGGUGACGGAUGCCCGAAGGAACGGAGCUGUCUGUAGCAGCUUAGAGCGAGCAUUUGGCAUCGCCGUGACACUCGCCACGACACUCGCCACGCUGCAACAAGAAGAGAAUAUUCAGCGCAGCGGAAGCUGAGCAAUGCCAUGUUCCAGCAUGGAUCAAAAUGAUGGCCAGUACUACCUGAAGGUGCUCAUCCCCAGCUACGCCGCCGGCUCCAUUAUUGGCAAGGGCGGCCAGACGAUCGUACAGCUGCAGAAGGAGACCGGAGCCACCAUCAAGCUUUCCAAGUCCAAGGACUUCUACCCAGGCACGACGGAGAGGGUCGCGCUGAUCCAGGGCACGGCCGAGUCGCUCAACGGCGUCCACAACUUCAUCGCCGAGAAGAUCCGCGAGAUGCCCGCCGCCGCCAGCAAGCCGGAGCCCGUCACCCUGCUGCAGCCGCAGACGGCCGUGAGCCCCGACCGCAUGAAGCAGGCGAAAAUCAUCGUGCCGAACACCACUGCCGGGCUGAUCAUCGGCAAGGGUGGCGCUACCGUCAAGUCCAUGAUGGAGCAGUCGGGCGCCUGGGUGCAGCUCUCGCAGAAGCCGGAGGGCGGCAGCCUGCAGGAGCGCGUGGUGACGGUGAGCGGCGAGCCCGAGCAGUCACGCCACGCCGUGCAGCUCAUCGUCCAGAAGAUCCAGGAGGACCCGCAGAGCGGCAGCUGCCUCAACAUCAGCUAUGCCGGCAUCACGGGGCCCGUGGCCAACGCCAACCCCACCGGCUCCCCGUACGCCAGCCCCGCGCCAGGCAUCUCCCCAGGGGACGUGAUGCCCACCGCGGGACUACUGGGCCACGCCGGCCUUGCCAACGUGGCCGCCUUCCCGACCGUGCUGUCGGGCUUCGGCGGAACCGACCUGGUGGCCAUCUCGUCGGCGCUCAGCACCCUGGCGGGCUACGGCUACAGCCUGCCGGGGCCCGGGCUGGCACUGGGCCUGGCGCCGGCCGCGCCGACGCCCAUGUUCGGCUCCAGCCCGUCGGCGAUGGCGGCGGCGAACAUCCUCGCGAGCUACGCCAACGAGGCGGGCGGCAUGCCCAGCUCGGGGGGCGCCGCCGCCGCCGCGGCCGCGUGCGCCGCGGCGGCCGCGGCCGGCGGGGCCCCCGGCGCGUUCUCGCUGGGCGGCCUGGGAGCGGCGGGCAUCGCCGCCAACGGCGGGUACAUGGGCUCGGCGGCCACGCCGCUCAUGGCCGGCGCUCUGCUCGGUGGAGAAAAGCACGACGGCGGCAAGGACGCGCUGGAGAUCGCGGUGCCCGAGAACCUGGUGGGCGCCAUCCUCGGCAAGGGGGGAAAGACGCUGGUGGAGUACCAGGAGAUGACGGGCGCCCGCAUCCAGAUCUCCAAGAAGGGCGAGUUCGUGCCGGGGACGCGCAACCGCAAGGUGACGAUAACGGGGCCCCCGGCCUCGACGCAGGCCGCACAGUACCUCAUCACGCAGCGCAUCGUCUACGAGCAGGGCCUGCGCGCCACCAACCCGCAGAAGGUCGGGUAGCGUCGCGCUCCGGCUUUGGCCGUCCCAUCUUUCUCCCACACCCCCCCCACGCAUCCAACCCCCAUUUCUCAAACAACACCCACCAGGUCCCCCUCUUCCCCCCCCGUGCAUCCCCCCCUGUUAUCCCCUCCUGCCUGCCAAACUCAAGAUGUCACACGUUUCUUUUCUAAAAUGGUUCCUAACUGGUCCCUGGUGUGCGCUGCAACCUAUUCUGAACAAAAAAAACGUUUAGCACAAUGCAGUUCGAUGCAGGGCAAUGGCCGAGGCGGCGUUCCCGUCCGUCGCACACAACAACAACGGCGGAUGCGCAAUCGUACGUUGCGCGUAGACGCUUCUCGUGAGGAGAACGGAGGGCAAAGCACACGACGAAUUGGAUUCCUCGGUGGCACAUUGAACAGCUCGACCUGUUCCUGUUCAAAAAAAAAAAAUAACGUUUGGAACCUGAUGUCCAGGAGUCGGCCACUUGAGCACAGAUCGCUAAGUGCAAUUUUAUGCUCAAGCGCCUAGCGUAGCGGGAUACGUCACCCCAGGCGCGCGACUCGAACCCAGUUUUGAAGUCUUUUAGGAAGCGCCGUCAGGGGCGAGGCCAGUGGGCCACCGCAGGAAGGCAGAAGCCUCCUCUUCCUCCUCUCUUGAACGUGCCACACCGACAACUAAUUUAAUUUUCGUCACUGACUAUUGUAUGUAGAAAAAUGAAGGCACCCUUAUUAAUAAGCUGCGUCUUUUAAUAUAUGACCUUUGUGUGUGCGGUUUUUGUUUAGCUCGAUGUUAUUGUUUAUAUACUUAUGUGUGUGUGUGCGUAUACAGUUUUAAGUGGCUACAAGCGCUCUUGACAAGUCUUAUCAGCUUUAAGUGAGGCGUGCGAGGGAGGGCGAGCGUGGGGCCCAGGUGUUAAUGCUGCUGGAAAGAAAGAAAGAAAAAAAAACUCCACGCGGCAACUUUCCGUUUCCCGAUCAUCGGCGGCCGAUUAAACAGCGAGAAUACAGCAAGAGGAGGGUGGCAAUAAUUACUCAGCGGUUUGCCAAGACUAUGGCUGUUUACUCCAUGUCGGUUUCAAGUGCAGCUGCAUUGGACAACGUAUGCAUGCGACUUACAUAGUAAUUACAGAAAACAAAAUAUAUAUGUAUAGUAAUAACGAUUACAAUUUACAAACGUUUUAGGCAUAUUUUUAGAAUGACCAAAUGCGUUGUAGAUAGAUGAUGUCGUUUUGUUUUCACUCGGAUGUUCGUUUUUUUGCCGUUCGUCUUUGUUUUGAAUGUACGUGGUUUUAAAAGAAAACAAAUGUUUAUUUGGAUUUGUGCUGGGUAUUUUGUUGUUGUUGUUGUGGCCAGGUUUCAACGUCACGUCGAUUCCUUUUGCGCUGUGGAGUCCCGCCGGUUUCCCCGCCCCCCCCCCCCCAUCACAUUUGACCCCGUAGCCGUGUUUAAAACGUGUGCAAGUGCCAACUGUACUGAAAAUAUAUCUAGAGACAGUAUUUUGAUGUACAGUAAACUAGUUUUCAUAGCUGUUCAACAACAACCCGUUUGAAUUGUAGGAUAGAUUUUUGGUAUGCGGAAUACGUAUUAUGCUAAUAUGUGCGAUUGGUGUUUAAACAAAAAAAAAGUGGAAUUUGUGUAAUUGCAUGGACAUGGAAUGCAAAUGUGAGGGGUUUUUAAUGUACGCCAUAGGUGCACUAUAUGUGACAUACAGCGAGCAUAUGUGAGUUGCCAAACUGCUUUUAAACGUGGAGAAAUACUCUCACUCGCAGAGCGCGGGCCAGUCGCUCCGAGCCGCGCUCUCGAGCAAAAUGCCCGUGCCCCGUACCCGCAGCAAGGGACGCGUGCCGCGUGCCGCGUGCCGCGUGCCGCGUGCCGCGUGCCAUGCGAACGACGCCCCCCACCCAAUCGCUCCGGUCGCCGCGACGAUCCGAAGGUCCCCUCGCUUAAGUGCGCCCCCCGCCUCCCCCUCCCCCCUCCCUCCGCCCCCCCCCCAGUGUUAAUAUGCAACUAUGGGUCACUCGGAAAUGUUCACGCCGUUUUCAUUAGCGCCGUCGUUUAAUUAAUCGUUUCUCACAUCCCGCCUGAGCGCCGGAUCCCGCAGGGGGCUGGCCUCGGCUCGCGUGCUGCCGAGGUUGCAACGUUCCGAGCGAGCGUUCUCCCGGCACCUGUGAAGCCGCGCGUCGGCUUGCCCUGCUUUGCGUGUCGUUCCACUUCACUCUGCGGGGGGUGGUGUGGCAGGAACAGCGCAGCCUCCUCGCCCAGGGCUCCAUCGCCCGUUCGUCUCAUUACGUAACGUGCGCAGCGUUGUAUAGUUUCCCACGUCGUAGCAUAAGCGGUCUGCCGAAAGGGAUAGCGGCGAGCGUGAAACGUGGGGCAAGAAAAACGCUCUGAGGCGACCCACAGUUGCAUAUUCACUCAUGGGCCGCGGCGUGCAGUCAAUCGCUCAGCGGGCCCGCUUUUAAUUGCUCUCACGAUUUGUCUUAACGCUGUGACUUUUUCCAGGAUCUUGUUGUGUCGUCGGCUUAAGCUCUGUGUUCCCGUUAAGCCCAACAUCUCCGUAGUUAUCGUAUUAAUCUUUAAAAAAAAAUACAAUUUAUCUGCCGUGACAUUUUCCCAGACCACGCUUAACCGAGCUCGUUUGCAGAGAGUGCCGUUAGCCAGCGGCGCUCGACGCAGCUUUGCCAAACGCAUUUAACGUGCGGAAUUUACCAUCGGCGGUGUGUGCAUGUUCGCCUGCUUAGAAGUAUUUCUGAGAGAAAAAAAGUAUUGUUUGUAACUUUUAAGUGGAGUAUGUGAAAUAAUAUUUAACUGGGUCUGUACGACGUGCACUUUCUCUCCAUGUUCUAUUGCUUUUCAAUGUUUUGCUCAUCAUUGUACUACUUACAAAGCAACGUUACUGAAAUGCAGAGUUGUAUAAAACUAAAAAAUAACUUUACUUGAAUUUCUCAUUCCACAGCUGAAAUGACCCCCCCCCCCCUCCUCCUCGCCACCCUGUCAUUGCCCCUUGUCCUUUACCUUUCCGUGCCCCCACCCCUCCCUGCCCCCCCCCCCCUCCCUCCUUCAAAACAGGAAGAUGAGUUUACAUUCUUCAUAGUUAGAAACAAAUGAAGCUCCCACGUGGCCAGGUUGUCCUAGUCUCCAUUUCUUUGAAACAAAUUGUGGCGAACGAUUUGUUGAUACCAUUUUUCAUGUAACUCCUGACAUCUGUGAGGCGACGUUUCUCAUUUAGCCUUUAAAUUAUUUAACCACUCUUAAUCAAGUCCGGACAGUGAUUGAGGGGUUUGUACCAUGCUAGUGUUUUUUUGUGUGUGUGAAACUGUUGGAGUUGAAUGCUGUAGAGGAUAUUUCUAUUAUACUCAUUAUCAUUUAUAAAUAUGUGCUUUUGUCCAUCGCAUCACUCUGUGUCUCCUGUCUCAUUUUUAUCUCUGCCUGUCGCAAGCCUCACGGUCCAUCCACUCGGGUUCUAACUGAGCACCUUCAACAUCCCACAGCGAAACAGUUGCUCCGUCAGUCCAUCGUCUCGCGCCGCCUGCCGCGCCACCACCCCCCUCCCCCCCAACUCCUCCCCCCCCCCCCCCCCCGCCGCUCGACCGCAAAUUGCUCACCCCCUUUCACCCAAGGCUCGAUUUGCGCGAGUUUUUUUUUUUGGACGAAAAACGAGCGGUACACAAAAACAAAAAAACUAAAACACGAAGAGGGAACGGCGAAAUAAAAAACUUUUACAAACCCAUCGCCGACCGAGACUUCGGGUCGCCGAUGACGGCCGGUGGCCACAGCAGCGGCGAGGCGGUAAUUCGACACAGAUGGGGCAACUUUGAUUCCAUGAGAGAAAUAAAAUAACAUGUAAAUAAAAACACGCAUGGUAGUUGAUUCCACACAUAUAUUUUUGUUUUGGGUUACCACUGACUUGGAGCAGGCAGCCAAGUGCCUCCUCCCCCCUCCCCCACUCCGCCCCCCCAACUACCCCCCCCCCCCCGCGUGUCACGGUGACCUUGUUCCCACCACCAUCGUCAAGGUGUAACCUCAUUCUCAGGGUUGUGCCCUUCCAUGCUGUGCUUUUUUGACCGGUCCAGCUGGGUGACCAUCAGCAUGCGUCGUUUUUUGAGGGCUGCGUGGGGUGUCCUCCACCGCACCGCGGGGACCCCCCCCCUCCCCCCACUCCUCCAACCUUCACACUCCGCGACCCCCCACCCCCUCACCUUUUUGCACCCCUGCAUCCCCCUUUUUAUACUAACGCAACAUGGUUCCUGCACAACCUCUCCAUCCAUGAGGUGCCCGCCCCUCCCUCCCUUGGUCAGGCAUCUCCUCCCGCAUGGUGAUGAUGGUGAUGGUGGUGGUGAUGGUGGUGGGAGUGACGGUGAUGGUAAAUGGUGGGAGAGAAAGCAGCAGCAGAAGCAGGCAGUGUAGCCCAGGGUAGCGUGCGCCGUCAAGCUGCUGUUGCUGUCGUCGCCGUUGCUGCUGCUGCUGGUGGUGGCACCCAGAUGGCGUGGCGGUGGUGGGGCCCUUCCCGUGCGAGGGGUAUUCCUCAACGGCCAACACACGCGCCACGCUUGACCGUGGCGGCACGCGAACCGCGCCGUGUGCCCGGUCCCCGCUGUGCCGUGCUCGUGGCCUGCCUGCGUGCGCGCGUUGAGCCGCGCGUGCGGAACCUUGGCCCGCGGUGCGUCUCUCGGCGCGUCCCGCCGAGCUCGGAGCGUUCCGCGCGGGGGGCAGUGGGGGGGUGGCUUCGCGUGGCCGUCCGCUCGGCGGAGUGAGCGACGCAGCGAGGAAAGUUUUUCGUUAAAUUUGAUUCACCUAAUUUAUACAGCGCGUCACGUCGCAUUGCACAUUAUUUAUGGUUCGGUCGUGCAAACGUCAUUUCCAUGGCAGUCAGCCGAUAGGUUAGUUCGUGUUUGAUUUUAAGUGCAAUAUUCUGUUUUUGUUUUUUAAGUUCGAUUGAAAGGGGAUUACCUCAUUUGCAUAUUUUCCGUGUUUGCACUCCUAUCAUUUGCAAUUUUUUAAAGUCGUUUCGGGGGAAUAGCGCCGACCCGCAUGGUUAGGCAAUCAGUAUUUACGCUGUUCGCAGGACUUUUUAUUUAUCUUGUAAACUCGAGGCAGCUGUACAGAGUGUCCGUGGAGGAAGAGCCGGUGUAUAUAUUUGUUACUCCAAAGACUUUAUUUUUGUACUUGAAUAAAAUAUAAAGAACUCA